CCGCCCCGCCGCUGGGCUGACUGGCGGAAGGGGAAGUGGGGCGGGGGCAGGCGGCGGUGGGGAAGAUGGCGUACCAGAGCCUCCGGCUGGAGUACCUGCAGAUCCCACCGGUCAGCCGCGCCUACACCACCGCCUGCGUCCUCACCACCGCCGCCGUGCAGUUGGAACUGAUCACACCUUUUCAGCUGUACUUCAACCCUGAAUUAAUCUUUAAACACUUCCAAAUAUGGAGGCUAAUCACCAAUUUUUUAUUUUUUGGGCCUGUUGGAUUCAAUUUUUUAUUUAACAUGAUAUUUCUAUACCGUUACUGUCGAAUGCUAGAAGAAGGCUCUUUCCGAGGCCGGACAGCAGACUUUGUAUUUAUGUUCCUUUUUGGUGGAUUUUUAAUGACUAUUUUUGGUUUGUUUGUGAGCUUAGUUUUCUUGGGCCAGGCCUUUACAAUAAUGCUUGUCUACGUGUGGAGCCGAAGGAACCCGUAUGUCCGCAUGAACUUCUUCGGCCUUCUCAAUUUCCAGGCCCCCUUCCUGCCCUGGGUGCUCAUGGGCUUUUCCUUGUUGUUGGGGAACUCAAUCAUUGUGGACCUCUUGGGUAUUGCAGUCGGACACAUAUAUUUUUUCUUGGAAGAUGUAUUUCCCAAUCAGCCUGGUGGAAUAAGAAUUCUGAAAACACCAUCUAUUUUAAAUCCAGGGGAAGGCACAUCGCCACCUUUGGAAAACCUCAGAAGGAUCUUUAGACCGGACAUCAAGUUACAAUGUUGACUUUGGAGCCAGAUGAACAAGGUACCGGUUAGACGGGGAUAUAUUUCUCCUGAGCCUUUGGCUGGUUAACAUUUGCCGUUUGCUUCAUGAAAAGCUAAGAAGCUUCUCAGAGCCAAGUACCUGGUUUAUCUUCCAAACCAAGUAGAAAUUGGGUUCCACAGAAAUAGGAACUUCAUGCAUAGGGUUCAAUAAAUAUCCAAAAUAUUUGCUUCCCUGGGUCUCAGCAGGUUUGCAUCACAUGCCCAAAUAAUUCAGAGGACUAAAAUGGCAUCCCAAGAAAAGAUUAUUUCAAAAUAGUUUUAAUGAACACCACAUAGGCACAGGACUUCUUCCUAAGUAGUUGCAGACUGGUUAAGUGGUAGCUUUCUAGAGUGAGAUUUCCCUCAAAGAUGAUGCUUUAGAUUAAACAAACAUUCUAAAUGGGAAUUUUCAGAUUUUGAAGUGAAUAGUAUUUUAAUGUCUAAAUGGAAUGUGCAUAAGAAAUGGAAUUUAAGUGUUUUAAUGCUGCUAGUUAGUAACUUUGAAUAUGAUUGUUGUGAUUUUAUAGAGUAUAGGUUAACGGGACUGCUUUUUUUCCAAAGUGGUUUAAAAAAAUAUUUAAAUGCCAAUCUUGGAAUGCAGAAUCCUUAUGGGAUUCUUAACUUGUUAUGUCUUUAUUCAAGAAAGCUUGAAUUUAAUUAGAAGGUUUUUUUAAAUUGUUUAUUUUUUUAAAUGAGUUUCUCUAGUUUUAUUUGUUCUCUCUUAGUUAACUUUCAGUUAUUCAAUUUAUGGAAUUCUUGUGGUAAAAUUUUAAUCCUAAAAUCUAUUCACUGAGUUCAUUUAAGUAGGGAAUGUGUACAUAUUAAUGACUGGGUAAAACUGGAAACCAAUUCCGAAUUGAUGACCUAUACACAGUCAUUUAUGGGAUUUUGAUUUCUCUGUGGUAUGAGAAUCCUAGUGGCAGAAUUCCACUGUGGCAGUGGUCACUUCAGUCACUGUCCUCUUACCAGGUUGGCCAUUCCCACUACCACCAUCCCUAGCCCUUGUAAACAGGUUACCUGUUAUCUGAACAUAAGGAAAAGUCUUCACCUCUUCUCCAACUUACCUCUCAGUCUCGAUUCUUCCAGAACACCCUUCUUUUUCAUAAUGCAAAUCAACUGAAAAAUGAGAUUCAGUGUAUGGAAUUUUGUGACCAUUUACCUAACAUAAUUUAAGGGAUUCUUGAAUUCUACCAUUAAUACUGAUAAGCACACCUGACUAAGGCAUAGUUUUUUUUGUUGUAGAAAUACAAUACAUGUUCGUGGUGGUUUUUUUUUUUAAAUGGGCAUACAAAUUGCAUCUCCCUAGGAGAUAACAUUUUAUAUACAUUUUGGUGUGGGGUUUGUUUGUUUUUACUAUGGAUUUACAUUUCCCUCUUCCACUUAUUCUUUUUCUGUGUCGCUCUUAUAUGUCCUAAUCUCUUUCAUACCUCUUGUGUAGUCUUUCUAAGCAGAGAGCGCCCAAGUGUUGGAUUUUGGUAAUGAAGCUCUCACUCCGCCUCUGGUGUCGAUGGGAAUUAGGAAAUAUGGGAGCUAUUGGCAUGUUGCAUAAAGGGCUUCCUAGAGUUGUCAUCUAUCCUUGAUAGCCUGCAUUUUACGUUGCGGCUGUGUUUUCCUUUGACAGAUGAGUUCCAUCUGUACUCUAGUCACAAAAUGCCAUUGUUUCCAGUGUCCUGUAGGAUGUCCCCUAAGCUAUUUGCUUAUUAUGUUAAUUUGCAUGAAAGCUGGUGAACUUUUUAUGAUCAAGUCAUUUCUCUGCUCAUAAAUCCACAGUGACUUCUUAGCCCCCAUAUCAAAUGCAUACCUUUUGCCUUUCUCUGAACCUUACUCCUACUUCUAACAGGAACCUCAGUUUAGUCUCGUCAGUCCUUCAAGGCCUGACCCCUUUCCAACUCCUCAAGAAAUUUUGUCUUUCUUCUUUGAAUCCCUGUAAGCUUCAAGUCUACGAUAUACUCUUACACGAAAUUAUAUAUUGUUUUGUACUGUUUCUAGCUGGUACAUGUAUAUUAGUUUUGCCUCCCUCAUGAGAAUGUAAGCUCCUUAAGGGCAGGGACCAUGUCUUAAAUUUUUGUAUCCACCACAGUGCCUGGCAUAGUGCUCGGCACAUGGGUGCUGAAUAAAUACUUUGUUUAUUGAUCA